AUGGUAGAGCAAGGUCAUAUCCUUGGGAAGGCUAGGGGCGGAACGGGAGGUAGGGCAGGGUCAGGGGGUGGGAUGGGAGACAAGGGAGGUAAAGGGCACAAGGGUGCCUGUAGGUUGAGAAUUGGGUCAUGGAACAUAGGUACAUUGGCGAGUAAGUUUAUAGAGUUGGCGAGGAUUCUAGAGAAGGGGAAGGUAAAUAUAGCAAGUUUUCAAGAGACUCGAUGGGUAGGAUCGAGGGCGAGAAAUGUAGACGAGUAUAAGUUGUGGUACUCUGGAGUCCUAAAUGUUGGAGAGUCCACCCUAAAUGUUGUUAGUGCGUAUGCGCCACAAGCAGGCUUGGAUGAGGAGCUCAAGAGGGGCUUCUGGGAGAGGUUGGAUGAGAUCGUGUGUAGUAUUCCGCCUGCUGAGAGGUUAUUUAUAGAAGGGGAUUUUAAUGGACAUAUUGGGUCGACUGCAAGCGACUAUGGAAAGUUUCCCAAAGAGGGAGGAGCAUUUGGUUACUUCUCCGAGCAUGAUGGCAAAGACUCAGAUUGA